CCCCUCCCUCCUUUAUUUAUCCAUUUGAAAGGCAGAGUUAGGGAGGUCUCCCAUCUGCUGGUUCACUCCCCAAAUGGCCAUAACGGCCAGAGCUGCGCCGACCUGAAGCCAGGAGUGUCUUCUGGGUCUCCCACAUGGGUAAAGGAGCCCAAGGACCUGAGCCAUCCUAUACCGCUCUCCCAGGCCAUGGCAGAGAGCUGGAUGAGAAGUGGAGCAGCCGGGACUUGAACUGGUGCCCAUAGUGGAUGCCAGCACUGCAGGUGGUGGCUUUACCCACUGUGCCACAGCGUUGGUCUCCGUAGAUGAUUUUCUAUACAUACAUACACCUGUUAAAAGAGUAGGAUUUAUUACAUUUGUAGGUAGUAAAAAGCUCAUUUUUGGGUAGAUACCUUAAAAGAUACCAUAGCUAUCAAAAUUUAAUUUUGGUAAGAUGAAUCUUUUUGGUGUUUUCAAGUAUUCUUUGACGUGAGAAUCACAUUGUUUUGGUGUAAUUUCUGGGGGCUGGGGUCAGAGGCUAUUAAUGUUUUAGUUAUCUUGAAAGCCCUGGACACUCAGCAAGUAAGGAGAAGAAAGAUAUUUCCUCAGUUAAGUGAAAGGCCAAUCUAGGAUUCAGAUUUGCACCGUACAGGAUGAACACAUGGGUACUCAGAAACUGGUUUAUUUUAAAGAGGAAAAUGCUGACCUGGCACAAUGUGCCUGUUUAUUUUCUCGACUGUGUGUGACCCAAACAAGUGAGAGUCACUGAGGAAAAACCACUACAUACCAUUUACCUGUGGUUGUUUUAUUGAGCAUUUUACUUUGAUCAAUGGCAAGUGAUCUGGACAUUCCCAUCUUCUCACAACAAGGAUUUCUUUAAAUGUAAAAAAAAUAUCCAGGCCAGGUAUGAUUUCAAUCAUAUCUUUAAACUCUGUUGGAAAGCUCUGAUAAGAAACUGGUUAAGAUUUUAGUGGCAUUUGUAUUUCCUAUAGCAGCAGUGUCUUCAUGCACUUGCAGGCUAAUAAUGCUCACCUAGUUCCCUCCCGCCGUGAAGAGUUUCCAAAGGAAAAGAAUUGAUUUGGAGAAGUGAAUUGAAUCAGCCAGGUUGGCAGAAGCAUGGCUUCUCCCGUGGCCCUUUUAAUGAAUCUGCUGUAAUCUAUUAGAGCAGCAGGGUUUGUUAACAGAGAGCCCAGGGCCCUACACCCAAGCCCAACCUUGAUUGUGCUUAAUGCAAAGAUAUACUUUGUGCCUUGGUUUUUCCUUCUCUGAAAUGGGUAAAAUGUUUCUUGUUAUCAUAGUCUUAGGUUACACAGUGAUGCCCCAGGCGGUAUUUUCUUUCUUUCUUUUCAAUCAGUAAAAGCAAACGAAAACCUUAGUGAAGACAAAAGCUAUUGUCCUUCCAUUUAAAGGAAAAACUACAAGCUGCUUUCAGGCACCAAAAGACUGGCUAGUGGAGUGAAACCUACCUCCAGAACCUUAUCUCCUCCUCCUGUGGUCUUGCUUUCCAUUUUUAAAACUGGGGGUGCUAGCAUCUUCCUUAUUAUUCAGCAGAGAGGCCCCCCCGUGGCUCUUCUUGGGUUCUGCCAGCAAAGUCCUUGUGCUGCUUGACUCCCCUGGUUGCGGGGGGUCAGGCAGCUGCCUCAUUCCUGAGGUCUGUGUGCUGUCUGCCAGGAGAGCAUCCCAGCAUUCCACUUUUUUCUGAGUCGGCUGAGAGCAGGUGUUGGUUUAGGCAGUAUCUGUGUACUCUCAAAAACAUCCAUAUGAUCCUGAUUUCCCAGCUUUCGCAGCCUUGUCCAGUUGGCUGGAGGGAGCCUUGAGCAGUUUCUGGGCAGAACGGCUGAACACUAAGUGACCGCUAAGUGGAACUGGGCAAGAGCGGGGUUUGGGAAGCCAGUGCCCUGAAAAGACCAUGUUGUCUGGAUUUUCUGCACAUGCUGAGUAUUUACAAUGCAGGCAGGGAGAGGGACUUCGCGAAGUGGACCAGGUGGGAGUGGUGGCUUCUGUGCCGUGGGAACAACUCCUCUUCCUGCUGGUUCAUGCAGCUGCGUGAGGUUCUUGUGCCUGGAUCCACGGCGAUGGUGACUUCUAACAGACACUGACCUCACGGGGGUCCCCCCAUGACUACAGAAUAUGGAGAUAAUAGUAACGAGGUGAGCUUUUGCUACUGUGUUAUUUGAAGCUGGCUUAUGAGCAUAUAAGCUUAGGAAUACACGAGUGAAGUUUCUCUGAGCUUCCGUCACUUUGUAAACGGGAGAAAGAGUGGUAAACAGCAGUCUGCAUCCAUAAACAGUGCAUAGACAACAGUGCCCGAAGACAGAUGGGGUUCUGAAGGCUCAGGGUUUCAGGUGGCUUGGAAGGGGCUGUGUGUGUUUCCCUGAGAACUGCACAUAAAAGAGAACGCGGCCAGGGGCAGUGAAACAGAAACUUGGCAGAAAUAAUGAGGAGGGGGAAAGGUAAAGCCACCUCGGCACCUGGGCUUCUCCUCCCACUUCCUUUCUCAACUCUGCCCGGCUGAGAUGUUGUUCGAGAAGAUGGAGGAAGCUGCCCUGCGUGGGGUCAUCACCCUGGGUCUGGCCGCUCCUCGGGGUCCAGGGUCCAGAGCCGCGUAGCUCUCUCUGGGAGUUCCUUCCCCAAAGCCCGGAGCUGACUCGUCACAUUCAGAGUCAGGAGGUGGGCAGUGCUGUCAGCAGGCUUCCCGAGGAAGGCCUUGGAGGAGGAGGAGGAGAGAAGGGCACAGGGAAGAACAGGGGUGCCCAGGUCCCCUGCUGGCCUCCCCUGCCUCCGGGGGUGCGGGGAGGGGCACAGGGGGUUGGAAUCCUGAGCAGAGGGUGGAGGAGCUGCUGGCAUUUACUUCCAUUGUCCUGGUACACACAGCCAUGGUUCAGAAGCUGUUUGGCUGUUGACUUUUUUCUGUUUCAGGUUUUUGGCAUUCAGGGAAUGCAUUUGAUAAAUUUAUGGCUUGCUAACGUGAGUGUGAAAUUCGUGUACGUUUUUUUGCACGCUGAGUACCUAGGCCAAGCAAACUAAGCAGCCAAAUUGCUGCGAAAAUUGUUGUUUUACUGACGACUUUGAAACUAGCCUAACUGGCUGAACUGUUGCAGUCGUUUGCACGAACUAUUCCAGGUAAUAAUUUUUGUUUGCUCUACUAGAAAAAUCACUUGGGAAGGUGCGGUAUUUAAAUGAAGGCGUGGAGGGCCGGGCAGUGCUGGAAGGAACCGAUGGGAGAAGAGUCCCUGCGUGCUGUGCUGCCUGACUCCUCCUCUUCCUCUUGCUGUCCCUGCCCGGGAGCUCAGCCUCAGCCUGCAGGGGAGCUGCCUGGUGCUAGGCCCCGCAGGCACGCUUGGAUUUCAGAGUAUUUCUCCGUAGUUUUCGGUGUCCCUGGGCAUCACUUUCAGAGUUCCUUUUCAUUUUCAAGGGUACCCAGGCUAACCGUUUAGCUCCUUUUCAGUAGCCUCCGAACUCACUCAUGCCCAGUCAGGAAGAUUAAUAAUGCUAACUGAUUUACUGUCGCUGCAAAAAAGCAUUAGUUAAUUAGACUUUCACACCUCAGUCAGAUGGCAUUAGACACCCUUUGUGCACUUUAACUCCAGGAUGUUAAAGACCUAAAUCUUUGAGAAAACAAGAAAGGAAGGAGAAAGGACAGGCACUUUUCCAGUUUAAGCUGCAUGUUGGUCCAUGUUAAUUAGGCAUUUGUCCCUUAGUCUAGAGGUGAUAGAAAAUGCCAGUUACUGUGGUAUUUAACUGACAUCAAGCUCCUGUCCAAAUAAUUCAGUUAGGCCCAGCCUUCUCCCUUAAUUGGUGGGAAGGAAAACUUCGGCACACACCCAAAAUAAGGAGGAAACUGUUACUUGCAUUGAACAUUUAAAAAAUUUCAUUCCAAAGGAUCUAAAGAACACAUAUAAUUUUUUAAUUAGCUACCCAGUUGAGCUUUUUUAAAAACAGGAACAACAGAAUCCACCCUCCUCCCAAGUUGUGAGCUACCCCAAAUGAUUAGCUUUUGUAAGUCUGCUGUGAAGGAAGGUUUAAUAAUUAUUUAAUAAUUAUUGCUAUCCAAGGUCAAAAAGAAGUUAUCUUUAUCCGGAGUCCUUACAGAUUUCUGUAUCUGGAUGGCAAUGUUUAAAAAAGUGUUCUGGAUUGACACUUAACGUUCUAGCUUUACUAGCUUUAUCAGUACCAGAGAUUCGUAAGUGUAAGUCCCAGGCAGUGUAGACAUUUUAAGAAGCAAUAUACCUAGUGGCAUUUUAAAGGAGAAAUGGCAUGAUGAUGAUUUGUGGGAGGAAUCAGAUGGAACCUGCCUUUUUUUUUUUUUAAGCAACUUCUUCGUGGCUGCUGAAUAAUGUAAUCCUCAGUGACAAAAGGAUAGCUUACCCUGUUGGUGGACCAUGUAAAACAAUUCCCAAAAGCAUGAAAAGGGUUUUUCUCGAACCAGAGGGAGCCUUGUUUGACUCCAAGCCUCACUUCACGUGUGGUUUCUAGCCAAAGGUUCCCACAUUGGCGAGCCCUUCAUUCGUAGGACCGGACUCCCUUUCUGGUGCACUGAAUGAAUGCAAUAUGUGAACUCUCCUGGACGGCCCAGAAUUGCCUGGCUGCCCCUUGCCCUGCCUGCCUGGUACUGGCUGAAAAGGUACCAUUGUUUGUUCUGCAAACACUGGGUGAUGUUUGUUUCCAAGGUGACUGGUUCUAUUGCUGCCCUUUAAGCAAAGAGGGAGGGGGGGAUGGGGGAAGAGAGAAAGUUGGCGUUCAACAUCCGAGAGCAUCCUGUUCUGGAUACAGCCUGCGUCCGUGUAUGUGUAAACAUCCCCCAUCGCAGAGGCCACCCCGUCGACCGAAUUUUGAACUGAUGGGAAAGACUGUUCCAGAUGGCAUGGAGAGCUGCUUGUUUGCUGGCGUCUCGUUAAAAUUUGUAAUCAUUAACUGCGCUUGCUCCCUUGCAGCCUUGGGCGCAGCUCAGAGAUGCUGGGCUUGAGACCCAGGGAGGACGCGGCCGAUUGCUGCGGCUCGGAGAGGGGCCACCCAGGACUUGGAGGCCCUCGGAGCACGCGCGGGCAGCUGCCCUUUCAGGUGUCCUCUGCACCUCCCAGCAGAAAGGAGAAGGUUGCUGCAAUUCUCUGCUCCAGCGGUGGUAGCUUUGAGGUGUGACCCUGCGCACAUUUGGCCCCCGCACUAAGGAGGGCAGUUUGAUAAGACCGAGAGAACAGCGUCAACGAGUGAAUACGAAGAGAAGCGAAAAGAAGCAGGCGCAUACUCAUUUCCUGUUCCACCGGACGAUAGCUAUAGCAGGGAGCAUUUCCUAGUGUGUCAGUCGGGGCGGAAAAUGGAGUUCUAUGGCAGAGGCUUCUUAGAAGCUUAAUCCCCUGUCCCAAUGACGUCGAGGUCGCCUGUUGGCCUGGAAGGUUCAGAUCUGUCUUCCAUCAACACCAUGAUGUCAGCGGUGAUGAGCGUAGGGAAAGUCGCCGAGAAUGGCGCCAGCCCCCAGGGCGUCAAGUCCCCUGCAAAGCCUCCGGGACCAAAUCGGAUCGGCAGAAGGAACCAGGAAACGAAAGAGGAGAAGUCUUCCUAUAACUGCCCCCUGUGUGAGAAGAUUUGCACUACUCAGCAUCAGUUGACUAUGCACAUCCGUCAGCACAACACGGACACUGGAGGAGCUGACCACUCGUGCAGCAUCUGCGGGAAGUCGCUGAGCUCGGCCAGCUCCCUGGAUCGCCACAUGCUGGUCCACUCUGGCGAGAGGCCUUACAAGUGCACUGUGUGUGGCCAGUCUUUCACCACCAACGGGAACAUGCACAGACAUAUGAAGAUUCACGAGAAGGACCCCACCAGCACCACGGCUGCAGCCCCCCCGUCCCCACUGAAGCGCAGGCGGCUGUCCUCCAAGAGGAAGCUGACGCACGAUGCAGAGUUGGAGAGAGAGGACCCGGCCCCGGCUAAAAAGAUGGUGGAAGACGGACAGUCAGGUGAUUUGGAGAAGAACGCUGAUGAGGUCUUUCACUGCCCAGUGUGCUUCAAGGAGUUUGUCUGCAAGUACGGACUGGAGACCCACAUGGAGACCCACUCGGAUAACCCACUAAGAUGUGACAUCUGCUGCGUCACCUUCCGCACGCAUCGGGGCCUGCUGCGCCACAACGCGCUUGUCCACAAGCAGCUGCCUCGGGACGCCACGGGGCGGCCCUUCAUCCAGAGCAACCCCUCCAUCCCCGCCGGCUUCCACGACCUGGGGUUCACCGACUUCUCCUGCAGGAAGUUCCCCCGCAUUUCUCAGGCCUGGUGCGAGACGAACCUGCGAAGGAGCAUCAGUGAGCAGCAUCGUUUCGUCUGCGACACCUGCGACAAGGCCUUCCCCAUGUUUUCCUCGCUCGUCCUGCACAAGCAGACACACGCCGCCGACCCGGGCCGGGACAAGCUGCAGGCCGAGGCCCUGCCUGACGCCGCCCUGGACCAGAAGGUCUUCCUGGCCUGGCUGGGCCUGCAGCACACCAAAGACAGCCAGCCUGCCCCCGCCGAGGAGCCCCUGCCCGACGACAACCAAGCCAUCCAGCUGCAGGCGCUCAAGUGCCCGCUACCUCAGGACCCCGCCUGCACCAGCGUGCUGAGCCUGGCUCCUUUCGAAGCUGCUGCCCUGGCCGGUUCUCUCACGGUGCUCCCGGCCACCAAGGAGGGCGUGAAGCACCUGUCGCUGCAGCCCUUCCAGAAGGGCUUCAUCGUCCAGCCGGACAGCAGCAUCGUGGUGAAGCCCAUCUCCGGGGAGUCGGCCAUCGAGCUGGCCGACAUCCAGCAGAUCCUGAAGAUGGCCGCCUCGGCCCCGCCGCAGAUCAGCCUGCCCCCGCUCUCCAAGGCCCCUGCCGCGCCCCUGCAGGCCAUAUUCAAGCACAUGCCCCCUCUGAAGCCAAAGCCCCUGGUCACCCCCAGGACCGUCGUGGCCACGUCCACGCCCCCGCCUCUCAUCAACGCCCAACAGGCCUCCCCCGGCUGCAUCAGCCCCAGCCUCCCCCCGCCGCCCCUGAGGCUGCUCAAGGGCUCGGUGGAGGCGGCCGCCAACGCGCACCUGCUGCAGUCCAAGUCCGCGGCCCAGCCGAGCGCGGCCACGCAGCUGUUCCUGCAGCAGCCGCCGCCGCUGCGGCUGGACCAGCCCGAGAUGAAGACGCAGCUGGAGCAGGACAGCAUCAUCGAGGCCCUGCUGCCCCUCAGCAUGGAGCCCAAGAUCAAGCAGGAGAUCACCGAAGGGGACCUCAAGGCCAUCAUGACGGGGCCCGGCGGCAAGAAGACGCCCGCCAUGCGCAAGGUGCUCUACCCGUGCCGCUUCUGCAACCAGGUGUUCGCCUUCUCGGGGGUGCUGCGCGCGCACGUGCGUUCCCACCUGGGCAUCUCGCCCUACCAGUGCAACAUCUGCGACUACAUCGCCGCCGACAAGGCCGCGCUCAUCCGCCACCUGCGCACGCACAGCGGCGAGCGGCCGUACAUCUGCAAGAUCUGCCACUACCCCUUCACGGUCAAGGCCAACUGCGAGCGGCACCUGCGCAAGAAGCACCUCAAGGCCACCCGCAAGGACAUCGAGAAGAACAUCGAGUACGUGAGCAGCAGCGCGGCCGAGCUGGUGGACGCCUUCUGCGCGCCCGACACGGUGUGCCGGCUGUGCGGCGAGGACCUGAAGCACUACCGCGCGCUCCGCGUCCACAUGCGCACGCACUGCGGCCGCGGCCUGGGCGGCUGCCCCAAGGCGCGCAAGCCCUUCGAGUGCAAGGAGUGCAGCGCCGCCUUCGCCGCCAAGCGCAACUGCAUCCACCACAUCCUCAAGCAGCACCUGCACGUGCCCGAGCAGGACAUCGAGAGCUACGUGCUGGCGGCCGACGGCGGGGGCCGGGGCGGCCUGGGCCCCGCCGAGGCGCCCGCUGCCGCCGCCGCCGCAGCCUCUGCGCGCGGCGACGAGGGCGACCGCAAGCCCCUGGCCGCCUUCCUGGAGCCUCAGAACGGCUACCUGCACGGGGGUCCCAGCCAGCCGCCGCCGCCGCACGUCUCCAUCAAGCUGGAACCCGUCAGCGGCUUCGCCGUGGACUUCAACGAGCCCCUGGACUUCUCCCAGAAGGGCCUGGCCCUGGUGCAGGUGAAGCAGGAGAACGUGUCCUUCCUGUGCCCCUCCUCGCUGGCCGCCUACGACUGCUCCAUGGAACCCAUCGACCUGUCCAUCCCCAAGCACCUGCGCAAAGGCGACAAGGACGCGGCCGCCCCCAGCGAGCCCCAGCGGCCCGAGCAGGAGGCCAGCAGCGCCGAGCGGCACUCGCCCUGCCCGCCCUCCGGCCUUCCGCCGGCAGCCCCGGGGCCCGGCGGGACCCUGGAGAGCCCGGCAGGUGCCGCGGCCGCCGGCGCCCCCGAGCCCCACGCGCAGCAGCCGGUGCAGGCUUCGGUGCAGCUCGCCGUGCCCAUCUACUCGUCGGCCUUGGUCAGCAGCUCUCCGCUGCUGGGCGGCCCUGCGCUCCUGAGCGGCCCCGCCCUGCUGCGACCCCUGCGGCCCAAGCCCCCGCUCCUCUUGCCAAAGCCCCCCGUGGCCGAAGAGCUGCCCCCGCUGGCCUCCAUCGCCCAGAUCAUCUCGUCCGUGUCCUCGGCCCCGACCCUGCUGAAAGCCAAGAUGGCAGAGCCUGGCGCCGGCAGCGGCCCGGCCGUGGCUGCCGACGGCCCCGCGAGCUCCGCGCCCAAAGCCGCCCCGGCCCCCGCGGCCCCAGUGGCCCCCGCCGCCACUGAUGGUGCCACGAGCCCCGGAGAGGCCGGCGACCCGCUGCCGGCGGCCAGCAGCCCGGAGGCGGCCUCGCCCUCAGAGCAGGAGCCUGCGGGCUCGUCCAAGAAGAGGGGCCGGAAGAGGGGGCUGAGACCCCGGCCCCACGCCGGCUGCGGCGCGGUGGACCUGGACUCGAGCGGGGAGUUCGCCAGCAUCGAGAAGAUGCUGGCCACCACGGACACCAACAAGUUCAGUCCGUUCCUGCAGACCGCGGCGGCGGCAGAGGACGACGCUGCGGAGGAGGCGGCCGCGGCCCCCGGCGACCCCCAGGGGCCCAGCGACGAGGAGCAGGCCGGCCCCGCCGAGGACAAGCUGCUGCGGGCCAAGCGCAACUCGUACGCCAGCUGCCUGCAGAAGAUCACCUGCCCGCACUGCCCGCGCGUCUUCCCCUGGGCCAGCUCCCUGCAGAGGCACAUGCUCACACACACCGGUCAGAAACCCUUCCCUUGUCAAAAAUGCGAUGCCUUCUUUUCUACCAAAUCUAACUGUGAACGCCACCAGUUGCGCAAACACGGAGUUACCACCUGUUCCCUGAGAAGAAACGGGCUAAUGCCCCAGUCCAGAGAGAGUGAAGCUGGAGUCUUUGAUAGCCCAGACAGCCAGUCAGACACUGAGACGUCGGCCCCCGCCGGGGAGGUGCUGGACCUCACCUCCCGCGACACGGAGCAGCCGUCGCCGUCAGAGGCCAGCGAGGACACGGCAGCCGCGCAGGCCCAGGCCGGGCCAGCAUCGCCGGGCCAGGGCGGAGAGAAGGGGGCCGAGGAGAGCUGGGCGCCGGGGGACGGCCCCGAGGAGAGCGCUGGGGAGGCGGACGGCCCCGAGGAGGACGCGGGCAGCAACAAGAGCCUGGACCUGGAUUUGGCCAGCAAGCUGAUGGACUUCAAGCUGGCGGAGGGCGAGGCGGGCGCCGGGGGCUGCGGCCCGCAGGACCACAAGUACGCGUGCGACGCCUGCGGGAAGAGCUUCAAGUUCCUGGGCACGCUGAGCCGCCACCGCAAGGUGCACGGCCGCCAGGAGCCCCGGGACGGCGGGGCCGCGCCGCCCGCCGAGGGGGACGCGCCGCCCGCGCCCGAGGAGAAGCCCGCCGAGCCCCCCGCUGCGGCUGCGGAGCCCGGCCCGGGCGCGGGGGAGGCCCCGGCCGCGGCGGAGCCGCACAGUGAGGAGACCGAGGGCCCCUCGGACGGGGAGGGCGCGGCCGAGCUGAAGUCCUCGGAGAAGAGCGACGACGACAGGAAACCAAAGACGGACUCGCCCAAGAGCGCGGCCAGCAAGGCCGACAAGAGGAAGAAGGUGUGCAGCGUGUGCAACAAGCGCUUCUGGUCGCUGCAGGACCUCACCCGCCACAUGCGCUCCCACACGGGGGAGAGGCCGUACAAGUGUCAGACCUGCGAGCGAACCUUCACCUUGAAGCACAGCCUCGUUCGGCACCAGCGCAUCCACCAAAAAGCCAGGCGCGCCCAGCACCAGGGCAAGGACAGUGACAAGGACGAGCGGGGGGACGAGGACAGCGAGAACGAGUCCACCCACAGCGGCAACAACCCGGUGUCGGAGAACGAGGCCGAGCCGGCGCCCAGCACCAGCAACCACGUGGCCGUCACCCGGAGCCGGAAGGAGAGCCUGGGCCCCGGCGGGAAGGAGAAGAGCGGGGGCCGGGGCAGCCCCAAGGAGCAGGCGGCUCCGGGGGACCCCGGCCCCCAGAGCCCAGAGUCCCUGGUGCAAGACCUACUGGAGCUGCACAGCAAGCGGCCCGCCCCCGCCCUCCUGGGCACGGAGUGACCGCCGCCCGCCCCCUCCGCGCGUGCACACACACACACACACACACACACAAAAGCCAGCAGAGCAACGUGUCCCGAGCCUGUCCAGAGGCUUCCUCUGCGCCCUCCGGCUGCCUGCCGGGGAGCGAGCGACCAGCAGGUGCGCGGCCGCGCCAGCAGUGCCAUAGCCCUUCCCGCGUGCCCGCGCCCAUACCAGUGCCUUAACUACUUGGGGAGCCUCCCGCGUCGUCUUGGGCCUUGUGUUUUCCCAAACUGACUUUUUAACAAAGCGCGUAUUUUAAUGAAUUGCCUGGAGAAGCAUUAACGUUACCCUGUGUGACGGGGGUGUGUGAGCUGGUUCCUGGGAAUCGCCGCCAGUGCCCCUGGCUCCGUGCGCUGGAGACGGGAGAAGCCGAGCCCGCGGAUGGCGCAGCCCACAACUGGAAGAAGAAGAUGUGAAUUUCCCGUGAGUGACCCGAGGAAGGGCGGAGUCGCUCAGCUCCCGCACGCGCCCCUGUCUGUCCAGGGUCGCGCCUGCACGUGCUGGAGCUGCAGCCUGGUUCUGGGCGGUAGCGCAGGCGGCUGAGGGAGGCUCCCACGUGGCUCCAGCCAAAACCGGGGGAGAUUCCAGCCUCAGCCUCGUGCGCGGCCCCGCUCUGUCCGCUCUAGAAGUGGUUCUGGUUCAAGUUUUCAAGACAUCCGCCUCCCACUCGCCGAGAGUGGCUGUCCCGGCCACCUGCCGCCCGGGAGACAGGCCUGGGCGUCCUGCGUUCGGCUUCCCCCCUCCCCUGUGGUGUAUGUGUUGUUAAUAUUAUUAUUAUUAUUAUUAUUUGUAGUUUGUCAGUUUGCUGGUCUCUGCAGUCAGCAGAAACAAGUGGGCAAUAUUUGUCCUGGGAGACCUGCACCCCCCCAGGUCCCCCGUAGCACGUGCCUGAAGCUGUCGCCGGCACCCCCGGGGGGCGGCUCUUCUACUGUACUCACAUAAGCCUUUUUUCCCUGACUGCAGAUGCCGGCGCAGGGGCGGCUUGGAGAGGGGAGCCCGCCGCCCGGUCCCCUUCCUGCCCUGCGCGGCUCUGCGGCCGUCGCGGGCGGGCCAAGCGCGGAAUCACUACUGCGAUAAAGCCACACGUGCGAGGGUUAGGAGGAGAGAGCUAGCCCCUUAGCUUCCUCCCACGCGCAGAGAUCCACCUGCCGUUUCUCAUUUCCUGAGUGGAACCGAACCCUGGGGUGUUGG